UGUGAGGCGAGGCGGGGUUUGUGCGGGGGGAGCGGCUCUCGGUGCAGUGCGAGCAGCCGCGCCUAGGGGCUGAGUCAGGCUGUCCUUUUCGGGGCCUCUGACUCUCCUUUCUGGGGCCUGCUGCUUGGGGCCUCUGGCACGGCACGAUACUUGUUCCGGGCGAAGAACGGCAUUUCCUUGUGCGUCUUUCAUUUCCAGGCCCUCCCAGCCCCUCGCAGCCAGUUUCCUGCUUUUGCGCCGCUCUCAGGCUGCCGCCCAAUGCCCCGAAGGCUCGGCACGAAGCGGCGCUGUGAAGGAGCACAUUCCAGCCCGCCCUGAGAAGGAUCCUGGGUCGCCGCAGGGGCAGAUGCUGGGAGCGGCUCCAGGCCCUGCCCGGGGAAUCCCAGCUGGCUCCAGUUAGAUCCGCAGCUCCGUCAGCAGGGAGGAUCCCCAGAGAGGGAUGCUGAAAGCUGGGGUUAAAUUAUGAUGGGCUGAACGUGCCUGGUUACACCUUCAGGGGUGCGCAGUAGGGCAGCCGAGCCGAAAUGAGAGGAGCCAAGGUGGUGCUGAGCCGCACGCCAAAGAUUUCCGUGAGGAUUGCCGGGGAUCGCCCUCACACUCCAGCUCAUACAAGCAUGCGGCUCGGAGGAAAAGUAACCCGGAGAUCGGCGAUCAGCUUGAUUAUCGUAAUGGGGAUCUCUCUUGUCUAUUGAUCUCAGUAUUUCAUAAGAGAUGCUUCAUGUGCCUAAAGGAGGAAUGAGCCAUGAGGGGAUGCAGUGGCUAAAGCCCUGCGUUGUGUAAGAGCUGUGAAAAACCCCGGUUUUGCACGCAUUCUAACCAUAAAGAAUGCUGUUAUUCGAGCCUCGGUCACUCUUAUUGUCACUGUGUCGCUGCCACUCAUUGAGGGAUCUAUGUCUCAGUGAUGACAUUGCCUGACUGACGUUUCCUGUUUAUUUCUUUUUAAAUAACAAUACCGAGCACUCACAAAACAUUUUGCACUUUACAGCAAUAUCGAGUAUUAGCUAAUGAGCCUGCUCACACCCAAAUGAGCUAUAUGACACCAUUAUUACAUGCAGACAGUCAGAAUGACUUCCUCAAGGGUAUUGUGAGUCAGUGCCAGAGGUAGCAUUAUGCUCCUGGUCCUAUUUCACAUUCAUUCCAGCAGACUGUAGAGCUUUGCACACCUGGAAGGUUUGCAAAACCAUUAUAAAUUAUUAAUUGAUUCAUUUUGAUAGUUUAAUUGGUUACUGCAUCAUUCUAUUUCAUGUAAAAGGCUUCAGCUGGGAAAUUCAGUCUCUUAUUCACUCACAGGAUCCUAAAAUUGUCAGUUUUCAAAACUUGUAUUUGCAAUCCUGUGAUGUGCCAAGUGCCCACCCUUUUCAGUUGGUACAGGCAAGCAUUCUCAUAAUCUGUUUUGAUGGAAGGAAAAGUAUAUUUUGGUGUGACUCUGUCAACUUUCAUUCUGCAUCUUGACCUUGUGUUGAACCAUUUUUUUCUUUACACUGAAAGGAAUGAGAAGGAGAUGUCUCCAAACAAACUGUGGGCCAGAUAUGGAGAGGUGAAGGAAGCAGUGGGGGGGACCAUGAAUUCCAUAGGAAUUCCACUAAUUGACACAGACUCUUACUCACUCAAGACUGUCCUACAUGUCUGGAUUUAGAGAAAAAGAACAGAGACACAAGGAAAAAGAAGAAUGAGGGGGGUAUACAUUAGAAGGGGAUAUUACACAUUUUGGGAAGUCUGUACCUCUCAAGUGCCUCAGCCAAUGAGGAAAGAGAGGGAAAUUUGGCCAGGAAAUUAGGAUAAAAAGGAGGCUGCAUCCCCUAACAAUUUUGAGAGACCCCAUGAGGAAUGCCCUUUAUUGAAAUAAAGUUACUGGACUCCUCUGUCUUCUUUUUGGACAUUAAUCGACAAACAUCAGAGGUUUAUUUUCCUGUCAACACCUUUGUUCAUGGACCCUUUGUAAACUCAAAUUUAAACAAUAAACUUAUUGAGGACUUACUCAUUGCUUCUUUUCUAGAUAAGAUCGUUUUCCGCUGUUAAUGCUUUUCUGUUUUAGGGUUGGGGUAUUAUGCUGAUAAUACCUGUUGGUUUUGGAUGACUGAUCUAAGAUACUGUGUAUGUCCAGAUCUCACAAAAACCCUGGAAAAUUGUGCUGCUUACAUCAGAAAUUAAAUUUUUGCAUAUGGACAUAAUUAAGAAUUUAUUUUAAUAUACAGUUUUACUUCCAGAAUGCAUAAAAGGCAUCAUCUCCUCUCUUGCUUCCUUUGAUCUUUCGAUUCUGCUGUCAUCACAGCAAAGAACUGUAGAGAUGUUCCAAUUUUGUUUCUCUAUUUCUAAUAAUUAUAAAAACUGUUUUUUCUUUAGCAAAGUAUAGGAAUGCUCAACAAAACAGCAGAACCAGCAUACUGGACACUUAGUAUGUACAAUGUUAGGAAAAAGCACAUGGAGAGUGAUGAAACAGGUCUUCAUGUGAUGACUUUUCUCUCAGUGAAAAUGAAGGUGUGACUGAAAUUUAUUUUAGAAAUUUAUCUAAGCAAGUGUUCUUCCAUUCACCAGACAGGAAGGGGCUAUUAUUACAGUUUGAGAAUGGCCACAAGUGUUGGAUAAUUUAGGCUUCAUGUAACAAUCAGAUCGGUAAAAAACUAUGGAUGAAAAUGUCACACAGACUGGAAAAAGGGAACCAAAUCUGCAUACAGUGGUUAAAUAUUAUAGAGCUGCAUGGUAUUCUCAAGGAAGUCAAUAUGCCCCUAUUUUAGAACUUUUCAAUUUGUUCUCUUUCAUUUCUCCUUAGCAUCUGAAUCAUCAAACGAUAGUUUUGGUGUUACUCAACAGAGGGACAUUUCAAGUGAAAUUGUACCCACUUUCUUAAAGCAGAACAGAAUUUAAGAAAAAUACAAUAAAUUAUUCUGAUCACAGAGAGGGAAAAGAACCAUGCUCGUGUAACAACUUUCCAUCAGUCUAAUUGAAUAGAAUUAUCUGUUAAAAGAAUCACUCCCCUGAAAACUGCAUCAAAUCUCAGAGUCAGUUUAUAUAAAAAUAUAAAUAUGUAACCUGUCACUAUGCAUGAAAUGCUGUUAUCCUUUGUUAACUAGAACUAUUCAUUAACUUCUCAUAAAUUCUGAAAAUACUUAAUUCUUUUUCCACAAACUCCUAAAGUGAUUGUAAAACAUUUUUGAGCUCUUCUCAGGUGGAUUCGUAUUUGAUUCUGUGAUCAGAUUGUAGGGAAAGGCAGGUGAGGUCCUUCAGUCAACAAAAAUCAUACACAUUUUGAACUUAGACAAGUAAACACAAAUCAAACACAGCAUUUUAUUUCUGUGGAUUGGAUUAUCUGAAGAUCAUGUCUCCUAGAUAAGGAGUGUAUAAUAUACUAUGCUCAUAUAAUUAGGCAAUAUUUUAAAUUAAACUUUUAUGAAGUCUCUAAAAGUAUUCCUGUAUCUACUGAGGUUGCUUCCCAUCCUUUGUUCAUCAUCUUUUUUCUCAUGGGUAAGCUUAGAUUAACAAGGAAUUGAGGACAGGGAAAAAAAAAAAAAAAAGGAAGCAAAACCAAGAGAUGUGUGAACUGGUGCCUGUUUAUCUGCGAGCAGCUUCCUGUCUCUGUGUGUGAUCAAGCAGAAGCAGACACUUUUCUUAGAAGCAGAUAGGGGUGACACUGCCAAUGGCAUAACGGGGACCGCUGCACGGGGACACGUGGCGGCCAAGGAUAGCUGUAAGCCAAUACCAUCCUCCUAGGCAAAGCCAGCAGGUGUGCUCAGUAGCAGAGAGAAAACCUGGGAAUGCUUCAGAUCAUGCAUUCAGACAUGAGGAGACCUGUCACAGGAAAAGAGAUGCUAAAGUGUGAUUAGGAGAAGAGCAGACAGCUGGAAUCUUGUCAAUCAGGUCCUGAAGAACUAACAGAUGACAACCCAUCUACAGCAGGGGGUUCUAUUGCACCCAGGCUGGAAUUAUCUCAAGGGUGCUACCAGGGUGGACAAUGAACAACAGCAGUGCAUGCCAUGAUGAUCACACCCUGGAUAAGUAUUUGUUUCCAUUUGUGUACAGUGUUGUGAUGAUGAUCAGUAUUCCCAUCAACUGCAUAUCCCUCUAUGCAUCUUGCAUUCAGGUGAGGAAAAAGAAUGAGUUAGCAGUCUACAUCUUUAGCCUGUCCCUGGCUGACCUUUUGUACUCCUUGAUUCUGCCUCUGUGGAUUGAUUAUGCCUGGCAUGGAGAUGACUGGAGGCUCUCUGCCUUGCUUUGUCAGAUUUUUGCCUUCCUUACGUAUAUGAAUUUCUACACCAGCACUGCGUUCCUUGCUUGCAUCUCUCUUGACAGGUACCUGGCAUUAGUUCACCCCUUGAAGCUCCAGUACUUGCGCACAAGAAGAUUUUCAUUGAUUGUCAGCAUAAUUGUUUGGCUUCUGGAAAGCAUCUUUAAUUCUGUCAUAUUGGUGAAAAAAGAAGUAUUCAAUGAUCCUUGCAAUUUCACUAAUCAUACAUUAUGCUAUGAUAACUACCCCCUGGAAAGGUGGCAGGCGAACAUAAAUUUAUUCCGGAUAUGCUCAGGGUACCUGGUCCCUUUGAUAAUCAUUUUGUUUUGCUACCAUAAAAUCUACCAAGUAGUGAGGUGUAACCAGGCCACAGUAGAUGAAGAAAAGAAAAAAGUGAAAAAACUUAUUGUGAACAUCACUGUUAGUUUCAUUGUUUGCUUCACUCCUUAUCAUGUUGUACUGCUUAUCCGCAGCAUCAGAGAACCUACCUCUGACCCACAUCUUUUGUUGCUGCUGUAUAAGGUUUACAGAGUCACACAGGCCUUAACAAGUUUGAAUUGCAUCGCAGAUCCCAUUCUGUACUGCUUUGUGAGUGAAACUGCAUGGACAGAGAUAGUGAAUUUGCUCAGGUAUUGCUUGUGCCUACGAAAGCGUGGGGAAGACCAAGUGAAAGGACAUGUUCUGUGCAGUUCUGCUACAAAAAACACUGCACUGGUCACCUACAGAAGUUCCUGUGAAACACAGACGGUCAAAAUUUCCUAAUGAGCACAUGCAAAUGGAAACUGGAUAACCUAAAAGGAAAAGAAAGAAAAAUUCUUCUCCUAGGAACUUGUGUAACUAAGAAAUGCCCCAAAAGUCAGAGAUACCAGUCUAAACAAAACCAGGAGCUGGAGCCAAUAAGAACUUACUAUAGGGUCAAUGAAAUCAAUGGAGUAUCAACACCUAUCUUUCAAUCACGUGUGGUAUAUAAAUCAGUGACAACAAACAAAUGCACAGUCAAGAAGGAUGGCUGUGACGCGCUGACAGAAUUACUGAGGAUCUCCCACAGAACUGUCUCCUGUGGCAGCUUGCUAGCCAGCCUGUACUAAGCUGGGGGAAGGCUGAAUUCCUCUUUGUCCUGAAUAGCAAAGGACCAGACAGAGGGAGUGUGGUAAAUUUCAUGUUGUGAUUUAUGCUGCUAUGAAGGUUCUUGUGUUUCACUAAAGACUCCAAUUCUCCUUUAGCAUAUCCCUGAGACCAGAAACUUCUUAAAAUUGUUUACCCUGCUGUGUACAGACACUCACCUGCACUUAAGAUUUUGUUUUCCUUGAAAAAUAUACGGUCUAAUGUAUAGCUGUAUGUCAUGCAGUUUCAUUACAAUACCAGUGGUGUUUCAGACCAUAGUUGAAGAUUCAUUAAUUCAAGUGCCUAUAAAGAAGUGAAUUCUAGCCACCAGUGCUUUAAUUUGGAUGAAAAAUUUCCUGAUACAUGCAGGGGAGGAAGAGGAUAGAAAAGUGAGGUUUCAAAUCUCAGCAAUGUAAAGGGCCAGCCUUCAGAGUUGCUUAUUGUGACUGAAAUCUGGAGUGUGGUUCUGUUUUCUAAUUCAGUAGAGUAAUGUUUGUAUCCAUUUACUUAACUGCACAUGGAGGCCUCAGCUAGAGGUUCCAGGACUCUCAGUCUGGCAGUUUUAAAAAAAUUAAACAAGCUAGCCAGAAAUACUGGCAAACCAGCAAAGAGCAUGAAUGUACCAACAAACAGUAAGAAUGGAAGCAAAAGAACCCAUACUUUUAAAAAGUUGGUGUUAGCGCAAAUCAGAAGUGCAGCUGUUAAUUCAGGACCUGUUCAUGUGCAGGCAGAAGCAGCUGCCUGGCUCCCUGGUUCCUUGUCCCAUCCAGACACCUGACCCUCUGAAAAGAGUUAAAACAUUACAUUUUUUUCUCUUCUCACAACCUUUUUACUUUUUCUCAAUUCCCAGGAAAAAUAUUUGGUUAUGGUAGUUUCUUUAUUUCAUAGUGGAAAAAUUUUGACCAGCGUUUUUCAGACCUUUUAGGUCUGACAUUAUGUGUGGAGGAUGUGCAUAAAGUGAUCACAAGCAAUAUGAUA